UGGCGCUUAUAAAACCGCUUGUUUUUCGCAGUGUGAUUUACUUUGGUAUCGAAUCCGCCGACCGCCGACCGCCGUCCGGGCCAACAUACACUCAACAGGUGCGCCAACAAUAUUGUUAGAGAUGGCCAAACAAAUCGAAAUAACAAUGAUUGGAUUACUGUUGACCGUUACACUACUGGCUGGGUGUCUACUCAAGCCAGCUUUUGGCAAUGCCAUAGACCAAAGAGUACUGCAAAGGGAGUUGGGGGAGAGACCUCCUGAAGUUAUGUCAAUCGACGACAAGGAAGAUUACCGAGACCUCGACGAGUCCAACAUAAUCAACGACUAUGGAAUGAAACCAAAGAGCGACUACCAGAGUCUGGAGAAUGCCCUGGCCGAGUACCUGUUCGCCAAACAGAUGGCCAGCAAAUUCCGCGCCCGAGGAAGCAUGAUGGGCUUACAGAAGAAAAGAAGUUAUUGGAAGCAAUGCGCUUUCAACGCUGUGUCGUGUUUUGGUUAGAUACAACUUUUCGUGCCAAAAGAAAAAUUACACACAACUUAUCCGCAUAUAAUUAAAUAAGAAAUAAUUAAACCUAUACGACCGGACCCUGCUUGAAAUAUUUGUUUUUUUUUUUUUUUGUUGUGUGUUCGCUUCAUUAAAAUGCCUCAUACCCCCCCCCCCCCCAUUUGGAAAGUUGUACUAUUACAGAACUGCGAGUCAUGGCAUAGUAAAAUAUGUUUAUUAAAAAUUAAUAUGGAAAAUUAUAGUAUACCGUGUAAUGUAAUAUAUAACUAUAAUUAUUAUUUAUGUGUUGUGUAACUGCUAUUUAAACUAGUUAUAGUGAUAACCCUGCUUAGACGGUCGAACCCGAAUAAUAUUAAUUAAUAUCGCAAUAAUAAUAUAUAUAUCACGUUAAUUUAGUUUAUCCAAUGUCAAAUCA